AUCAACACCCCCCGAGUCCAUCCCCACCUCCAACCUCCCCCUCUCCCCAACCUGAUUCCAAAAUGCCUCCUCUCACCGAAAACCGCGCCAUCCCCCUCCUCGACCACGCCGCCGCCAACCACUAUGGCAUCCCGGCAAUGUGCUGCUACAACGUGGAAGGCAUCCUCGCGACCGUGCGCGCCGCCGAAGCCAAGCGCUCGCCGGCCAUGAUCCUGCUCUUCCCCUGGGCCAUCGACUACGCGGGGGCGAUCCUCGUGCACGCGGCCGCCGAAGCCGCGCGGGGCGCCUCCGUCCCCGUCACGGUGCACCUGGACCACGCGCAGUCACCGGCGAUCAUCCGACGGGCGGCCGACAUGGGCGGGUUCGACAGCAUCAUGAUCGACAUGUCACACUACUCGAAGGCGGAGAACCUUUCGCUGACGCGCGAGCUGGUGGCGUAUUGCCACGCACGGGGCAUCGCCACGGAGGCCGAGCCGGGCCGCAUCGAGGGCGGCGAGGAUGGGGUCUCCGACACGGCGGACCUGGAGGGCCUGCUGACGACCCCCGAGGAGAGUCUGGAGUUCGUGGACACGGGGAUCGAUUGGCUGGCGCCCGCGUUCGGCAACGUGCACGGCAGCUAUGGGCCCCGCGGCAUCGUGCUGGAGUAUGAUCGCCUUCAGAGGAUCCAGGAGACGGUGGAACCCCACGGCACGCGGCUGGUGCUGCAUGGCGCCGAUCCGUUCACGGAGGAGAUCUUUCGGAGGUGCAUCGGUUGCGGGGUCAGUAAGGUGAAUAUCAAUAAGGUGUUGAAUAAUGAGUAUGUGCGGGUGCAGGCGGAGAAGGCUGGCAAGGCGCCCUUGACGGCGGUUAUUGAGGAGGCCACCGCUGAGAUGCAGAAGGCCGUUGAGCGGUGUAUUGAUAUGCUGGGGUCCGCGGGGAGGUAUCCUUGAUUGGGGUGUGUAGGGGUCUUUAUUGUGUAUAUGGGGUGGCGUUGAUUUGGCUUAUCAUGGACAAUCAGCUGCGGGUGAAUAUAUAUUGGC